AUGGUUGGCACUACUGUCCUUCUCUUCUCCACCACCCCCACCAUCUACGAACCCACCACCUAUGAGCAAGCACUUGCCUGUCUUGAUGCACCUCUCUGGAUCGAGGCCAUGGUCAAGGAGAGCAACGCCUUUAUCAGCAACCGCUCGUUUCUCGACCUGCUGCACUCAGCGGCGUCGCUGCUGCGCGCCGUGGAGCGGAGCUGCUCCGUGCUGCCAGCGCUGCAGUGGGCGGCGCUGCAGGAGGUGCUGCCGCGCUGCCACUCGCUGCUUGCUGCUGCUGCCAGCCUGCACCGCCGCACACGACAUGAUGGCAGCGUGGUCCCGCGUGCACCUGCAGCUACUGCAGUGGGGCUGGGUGAGGGAGGGGGAGCAGUGGCAGCGGCAGCGACAGCAGCAGUGGGUAAUUCAGUGAGCAGUCCUCCGUGGAGCUCCUCCUCCACCUCCCCCGCCUCCUCUGCCCCCCCCCACGCCACUGCUGCGCCUGGUGCAUGUGGGGGGGAUAGUGGUGGAGGCAGCAGCAUGGAAGAGGAUGGGGCUGGCAGGCACAUGGGCGAGGAUGGGGCUGGCAGGCACAUGGGCGAGGAUGGGGCUGGCAGGCACAUGGGCGAGGAUGGGGCUCGCAGGCACAUGGGCGAGGAUGGGGCUGGCAGGCACAUGGGCGAGGAUGGGGCUGGCAGGCACAUGGGCGGGGCAGUGCAAGGGAGGGGCGCACAGGCGGAUGAGGGCAGGGCGCAGGGCAGCGAGGAUGCGAGCAGCGGGGCCGGCUGUGAGCGUAGAGCAGGGGGGGGGUCAGGGUGGGGUGCCUCCGCUGCUGCUGCUGCCGAUGUUGAUGGGGGCGACGCCUGUGUGCCAGUUGCCACCUCCGGUGUGCAUGGCCAUGCGUCCCAGCAAUCUCAGCACGCUCAGCAGCGUGUGGGGGCACAAGGGGAUGCGGUGUGUGGUGAACUCCCUGACACCGUCCAUGCGCCUCCUGCCUGCACGCCCACUCACCCCGCAGGUGCCCCUGCUCCUCCAUUCUCCGUCUCCUCUCACCCCACCACCACUCAUGCCCUCGUGUGCGUCCCACCGCCACCCACACUGCACGCGGCUCCCAGCGCUCCCCCCACUGACGCCACCCCGUGUGGGGCAGCCACCCCACGAGGGCCCACUGUGCCGUCCUUCCCUCGCUUCUCACCAUUUGCCGCGGCAGACUCCCCCACCCCCGCUGCAGGCACCCCCCUGCACGUGCCCUGGGCGGCAAGGGCAGCGGGGCACCGAGUGAGUCACAGCAUGGACGGCAGCAGUGGCGUGGCGUCGGGGCUGAGCGGCGGCGCGCGGCAGCAGUUUGAGGAGAGCAGGCGGAGGCAGCAGCAGGCCGUGCAGGCGUGCGUGCAGGCGCUGCAGGGCGGGCUGUUCUCCCCUUAUGGCCGCACGCCUCACAGCGCGGGGCAUGCUGCCACCAGCAGGUGGCGAGGGGGGGCAGCAGAAGGCAACAGGGACAGAUGUGUGCGGGGUGGCAGUGGGGAAGGAGGAGAGCGAGCAGGGGAAGAGGGUGCUGGGGGCAGGAGAGGGGAGGGGGUUGAACAGAGGGAAGGUAAUGGAGGGGCUAAAGCGGGGGGAGGUUGGGAAUGGGGAGGACGAGAGGGAGUGGCUGGGAGAGGCGAGGGAGGGCAGGGGCACGAGCGGAGUCGCAGCUUGGAUGUGGAUGCCAUGGCGCAGCUGUGGCCGCCGCUGCACCAUGCUGCUGUCCCCCCUCAUGGCACGACGGCAGGGCAGGCGAGUGGUGGCAGUGAGCGGGGGAGGAGGGGCACCGGUACACACCCCAUCGACCCCACUGCUCCUGCUGCCGCAUCUCCUCACGCCCACUCGCCUCACCUGCCGCCCAAAUCUCCCUCACCACAGCCAAAGGGCCGCUUUCCUCCCUUCCCCCACGACGCAACACCCUCUCCGCAUCCCCCCCUCGCCCAUGCGCACCUCCUGUCCAACCCCCCGUUCCAGGCACCCAUCUCGCCCCACCCCGCUGCUGCCACACGGCCCUGUGCCCCGCCCUCAUCCCCUGCUGCACCACCCUCCGCUCAUCCUCCCACACUGAAGUCAGAGGGUGUGGGGGCAGCAGAGGAGAGGGCAGUGGAGGAGAUAACGUGCCUCUUCUCCACACACUUCUCUGCCCCCUCUGCACCCUCGCACAGGUCGGUGUGUGCAGCACCGCAUGGCGCCACACCGCAUGGCGCCACACCGCAUGGCGCCACACCGCAUGGCGCCACACCGCAUGGCGCCACACCGCAUGGCGCCACACCGCAUGGCGCCACACCGCAUGGCGCCACACCGCAUGGCGCCACACGAGCUCAACCCACCCCGCAUGGAACAAAAGGCUGUGCCAUACGCACACCCCAUCCUGCGCUUGCAGGCUGUGCUGCACCGCAAGCAGUGCAUGCCACCCUCAAUGCGGCCUCGCACCCGCCACCGUGCUGUGCUGCUGCUUGCCCUGCCAAUGCCACGGGUGCGGCGGAUAGUGUGGAAGUCCAGUCCACAGUGGCAGGGGUUGCGGGCGAAGCCACUCCAGCUCAUGACACAGGCAUGGCAGCAAGUGGCGGCAUGGGUGCAGCGGGUGGCGGCAUGGGUGCAGCGGGUGGCGGCAUGGGUGCAGCGGGUGGCGGCAUGGGUGCAGCGGUGCCACCCAAGCCGCGGUCGCGCAAAAAGAUGAUGUCCCGGCGAGAGUGGCUGUAG